AUGAUCAAUUUUAUUGGUCUAUAUGGCUCGUACAGGCGGCGGCGACGUGACGGCGGCGCCGGCGACAUGAGCUCGGCCGCGCUCCGGGACGCCGCGGGCGACUCCACGCCCGGCUCGGACGUCGGCGAGCGCAUUACGCGUCUCUUCCCCAAGUGCCGCCCCAAGAUGCAGCAUCAGCACGACAGACUGAACUCCGGGUUGGAGGGUCGAGACAUGAUCAGUGUAAACAACGCAUCCUCCGACGACGAGAGGGACGACCAGCCGGUCAUUCUCAACACGAAGGGUGGCACGUACAAGCUUAGAGACUCUAGGAUAAUCGAAAUAGCAGGUGGAAGAGAGUUAUACUCUCAAAGUCGCACGAAAGCCGUGCGCAAGUUGAGGCACAGCAACACACACAAGCACAACUUGAGGAACAAAGUGCGGUCUCUAACCAAAGAUACCGUCGACUAUACAGAUAAUAAUAUUAAUAAUGAAAUACCUAUACACAGAAUAAGCAAUGAGCCCAAAAAAAUGAUAUCUCGACACACGUCGCCUGUUACGGUUACGUACACGAACGGUGACCGGGAAUCGAUUUUGGAGCAAAACACAAUGGGAAUACCCAAAAACAGUUCCCCCAUUCUGGACCCUCAUAAAACUAAUGACGUCAGUGCGAAAAGCAGCCCCAUCGCCGUCGUAGCCGAUGGUGAAGUUAUGGUGUUCGAUGAAAAUGAUGACUGGAAAGGUUUGAGGAUGGACCCGGAUGCCAGUGACGACGAGAUCGAUUUAAGUGUUAAAAGGACUUUAGACAAUAUGAAAAACGGUGAUAGUGAUGUGUUGAACAAUAAAAGUGAGAUGAGUGAUGAUAGUGAUUCUACGCGGUCCAGAGAAGAUGUUCGGUUGAGUGAGGGGAGUCCUACGGGGAUAUGGUUAUCGGGAGAUGAGGAUAAACGGGUCACAAGGGUGAUCGGGGAAUUACCGAUAGCAGAAUAUGAGGGUUCACCAAGAAGAUAUGGUAUUGGCACGCAGAAGACUCAAAGAUCGCCCAGGCCUGGCUUCCCUCAGAGAGUGGUAACAGAAAGCAGAGAUGACUCUCCACCGCCUGGUUCUGCCGCUUUCGACUACUUAUACGAAUUCUCAGAGACCAGAAAGGUCUUGGAGGAGUUCUUCAGGUGCCCGACCCUGCCCGGCCAGCAUAAAAAUAGCACUGAUGAAAUUGUUAACUUUCAAGAACUAGACUACGAACUCAGGAGGCAAACCCACGAUUGUCCUUCGGAAAACGGUAUCGAGGGCAGUGAGUCUGACUGGCCUCAGAACGAGGGGAUCGACUCGCCGCACGCGCUCAAUAACCACACGGAUUUUCUAGGAUUGCAGCAAAAGCAACGUGGUCGCUUCCCGACGCCAGAUGUGGCGGCGCUGCAGGCGCUGCACGCGCACGACACGAGCGCGUGCGCGUCGCCCUCGCACGACGCACACGUGCACGUGCACGCGGACAUGCACGCGCACGCGGACAUGCACGUGCACGCACAUGCGCACGCGCAUGCGGACUUGCACGCCGCGCUCGCGCUCUCCACCGCCAGCGACACCGCCAGCGAGCUGUCCAUGGCCAUCAUGGAGACUGAGCUCGUCGAGAUGAAAGAACCGAGCCGCAGGGCGCUGCCAAUCGUCGAAGAUGGUCUGUCCUCGGGACACGCGUCCGACACAGACAAUAAUAACCCGAUAUUACAGACACAUUCAGUGACAAUAGAAGAAAUUGUAGAUAGCGGAACCAAUACAGACCCUCACAUGUUAUCCGACGCCGACUUACACUCUUUAGAUCCACUAGCGUCCGCGCCGCCGCCGCCCGCGCCCGCGCCGCACCGCCCCGACACGGCGCCGCACACGCCGCGCACUCCCCACGCGCCGCACGCGCCGCGCGACGACGUGUACCCCAGAAAAAGGCCUUCUUCAGCCCAAAGUACAGAGUCCGUUGAAAUAAAACCUGCGAGUGGCGAUGAAGAUGAAGCGGAUACAGAUUUGGAGACUGAUAGACUGCUGGGCCAGCAGAGGACAGAUGAUCAGGGCUUUUUCGACGAUAAAGGAUGGCGUAAACCCAAGUCCCGUACGGUGAUGCCCUCUGGCGGGUCGACCGGCACCAACCGUGACCAUUCACACGAUGCCUCAGAUCACAGAGAUGAUGACACGUUGCAUAAUGGAAAGGACAAGGAUGGAAAAAAGAAAAGCAAGAAUAAAGAAGAUCUGGCAUCAGUUCUUAUUGAGGGAGUUCUAUUCAGAGCUCGAUACCUCGGCUCGACCCAACUGGCGUGCGAAGGUCAGCCCACAAAGGCAACCAGAAUGUUACAGGCCGAAGAAGCCGUAUCCAGAAUCAAGUGGGGCUGCGAGGGCCCGUACUCGGGCGUGUAUGCGGCGCCCGCGGCCGUCUUCCGUCUCGCCUUCCUCGGCUCGGUCGAGGUCGAGGAGGACUCGAGGCGGCGCAAGAAGAGGCCCAAAAAGAAUAUGGUGGAAGAGGCCGUCACUAAAAUUAAGGUCGUACACGCCCUGGCACCAGAAGGUGAGAACCAACCGAGUACGGAGGUGGACUUGUUCAUUUCUACAGAGAAGAUAAUGGUUUUGAAUACUGAACUGAAAGAGAUAAUGAUGGAUCACGCUCUACGAACUAUCUCCUACAUUGCUGAUAUUGGGGACUUGGUAGUGUUGAUGGCGAGAAGGCGUUUUGUUCCACACGAAAAUGACUCGGACCAACCCAAAUUGAACCGUACACCCAAGAUGAUAUGUCACGUUUUUGAAAGUGAAGAGGCGCAGUUCAUAGCCCAGUCCAUUGGACAGGCUUUCCAAGUCGCCUACAUGGAAUUUCUUAAAGCAAAUGGUAUCGAGGACCACAGUUUUGUUAAGGAAAUGGAUUAUCAAGAAGUUCUGAACAGUCAGGAGAUAUUCGGUGAUGAGCUUCAGAUGUUUGCUAAAAAGGAACUGCAAAAAGAGGUGGUGGUGCCCAAAACGAAGGGUGAGAUCCUCGGCGUGGUGGUGGUGGAGUCCGGCUGGGGGUCGAUGCUGCCCACCGUCGUCAUCGCCAACCUCGCGCCCGCCGGCGCCGCCGCGAGGUGCGGACAGCUUAAUAUUGGCGAUCAAAUAAUAGCAAUCAACGGUGUCAGUCUGGUCGGCUUACCUCUGUCAACGUGUCAGACGUAUAUAAAGAACUCGAAGAACCAAACAGUGGUGAAACUCACGGUGGUGCCGUGCGCCCCCGUUGUGGAGGUCAAGAUAAAACGGCCGGACACCAAGUAUCAGUUAGGCUUCAGUGUGCAGAACGGUGUGAUCUGCAGCCUGCUGCGCGGCGGCAUCGCGGAGCGCGGCGGCGUGCGCGUCGGACACCGCAUCAUCGAGAUCAACUCGCAGAGCGUGGUGGCGGUGCCGCACGAGCGCAUCGUCAACCUGCUCGCCACCUCCGUCGGGGAGAUACUAAUGAAAACAAUGCCGACAUCAAUGUUCCGGCUGCUGACUGGCCAAGAGAAUCCCGUGUUCAUC